CUGACAGUAUGGUCGUGCUGAAAGGAAUCCCGUCUGUUUUAUCACCUGAGCUGCUGUACGCUCUCGCUAAAAUGGGCCACGGGGACGAACUGGUUCUUGCUGAUGCCAAUUUUCCAGCAUCCUCCGUUUGUGCUUGCGGUCCAAAAGAGAUCAGAGCUGAUGGUUUGGGAAUCCCACAGCUUUUGGAGGCUAUUUUGAAGCUGUUGCCCCUGGACACCUAUGUCCACUCUCCGGCAGCGGUCAUGGAUCUGGUAGACAGUGACAAACAGAGAAGUUUAGCUGUCCCUGUGUGGGACACUUACACACAGCUCCUGGAUCAGGUUGGCUGUCAGGCUCCUCUAGAAAAGGUGGAAAGGUUUGCUUUCUAUGAACGAGCCAAGAAAGCCUAUGCUGUUGUAGCAACAGGGGAAACAGCUCUUUAUGGUAACUUGAUACUGAAGAAGGGGGUUAUUCCUGCUGAGCUGCUGCAGUGAUACACACACACACACACACACAUUUUAAAGUAGUGAUGCUCUAAUGAUCUCAAGACGAUUUCAGAGACACCCGUAAUCUUUUCAAGUGAAAAUCUAUUUUUGCAUCAAACUAAUGAUGUGAUUCAUUUCCAGUUUACAUGGAGCAGAAAUUAUUUUGUAUUUUUGUAAAUAACGUCUGUGUUGUACAUGCAUUUCAAUAAAUGAAACAAAGUCUUUGA